AGCCUCUUCCAUCCAUCAACAACCUUCACCAAAAACCAAACGCCAACAGUAACAUUCAUUCACCCUCUCACCCACCCCCAAGCUUUCUUCUUACAAUGGCCAUCACAACCACGACUAAGAUGUGCGAUUCUUGCAAAUCCUCACCUGCCACCCUGUUCUGCCGCGCUGACUCAGCCUUCCUCUGCUUCCCCUGCGACUCCACCAUCCACGCCGCCAACAAGCUCGCCUCCCGCCACCCUCGCGUCCCUCUCUGCGAGGUCUGCGAGCAAGCCCCCGCCUCCGUCACCUGCAAGGCUGACGCCGCUUCCCUCUGCGUCUCCUGUGACCACGACAUCCACUCCGCCAACCCCCUCGCCCGCCGCCACGAACGCGUCCCCAUCGCGCCGUUCCACCACCACAACCACAACACCACCUACCUCUCCGACGCCGAUGCUGCUGACGUCACCACCGAUGAAGCUGAAGCCGCUUCCUGGCUACUUCCUACCCCUUCCAACCCCAAAGGCCCCGAUCUCAACUCCUCUCACUACUCCUACUCCGAAAUCGACACCGUCGAGCUCGAUUUCACCAAAAUUGACUCGCCAGAGCAUAACAGCGCCGCCACCGCCGACGGAGUCGUUCCGGUGCAAUCACAGAGCAAGAUCACUACAAUCGAGCACCACUACGACAACGACGCUAACAACCAAAUCGAUUUCCCUACCUCUAAGCCUUUCGCUCACAACUACAACGCUAAAUCGCACUACCACGCUGUGUCGUCGCCGUCGAUGGAGGUUGGUGUUGUGCCGGACGGGAACGCGAUGUCGGAGAUUUCGUACUGUUGCUAUGGAACGCCGGCGCCGGCGGUGGAGGCGGUGCAAUUCUCGGCGGCGGAUAGGGAAGCUAGGGUUUUGAGGUACAGAGAGAAGAGGAAGAAUCGAAGGUUCGAGAAGACCAUUCGCUACGCUUCGAGGAAAGCUUAUGCGGAAACUAGGCCCAGGAUCAAAGGAAGGUUCGCGAAACGCUCCGAUGUGAAUGUGAAUCUUCUCACGGAGGAGGACCCUUUCUCUGGAUACGGCGUCGUUCCCACAUGCUGAAUGAAAGCGGUUGUGUACGUUUAUAUGUCUGGAGUUCGAUCCUCGCCCAUGAGAAUGAAAGUCGUCGGUCAUUUACUGUGAGCAUCCGCGUGCGGUGAGGGAAUUAGUCAUUGCGUUUGACGUGAAUGACACUCAAAAAAAAAAAAAUAGUUGUAGCCUAUAUAGGGUUCAUAUAUACUAUUAACCCUUGAAUGACUGAUUUAUCUUACAAUGUAGUGUAUGUUUUUCUGUGUAACCUUUUGAGGUUUUUCCCCAGUUUUUGAAUAUCACCUGCUGUAUAUAUUUUUUGUUGGGAGUGGAGGCAGAAGCUAUGUAGUGUGUGUUUCUUGAGUGAUAGUGAAUGCAAAUAAUCAGUGAAUUUUGGUGCUCA